CGAAAGAGAGGGGUGGGAGGGGCGUGUAUGAAAUGAGUGACCUAAUAUUCAUCUCCAUGGGAAAUCAACUCUGUGUGGAAAGAAUCUUCAAGGUGUGGAAAAUGUCUCUUUCAUGGAAGUGUUACGCUGGACAGUAGGAGGGUGUGGAUGCAUUAGAAGAUACGGUGCAAACACCGGAACAACAACCAGCUAUCUGUUCUUGCACGCGAAUCAAAGAUGCGUUUCUCUCAGACCAGGAUGUGUAUAACUCGCCGGCUGCAGCAACUUCAAGCUUGUUUUCUCGUUGGUGUUUUUUAUUUUAUGUUCCCUCUCUUUGCCUUUCUAGUCUGCUGGUUUUAUCAAGUUUUUUUCCCCCGUUCCCUCAAAAGCUGGCCUGGACUCAUGUCAUUGCCUCUCUUGCUGACUUGUUUUAUUUCUUUCUCGAAUUCCAUGUGGGACACUGAAUAAUUCUCGAGCUUUUGACUUGCCACCUGGGAAAGGUAUUCAUUAGCGGCCUUGGUUCAAUAAUUUCCUCUUUCUUCAAGACAGCAACGUCUCACAAGGAGGCGUGAAGAGAAAACAAGAACAAAAUCUACCCCCGUCCAUCAACUACAUCUUAUUUCCUCCUUUCUCUUUCUCCUCUGCCUCUCUCUCCUACGCACAUCAUCUAGGUUUCCAUUCCAGUCAGCCUCGACGGAAGUCAGACUCGCUGAAGAAGGGAAAAAGGAAAAGCAUAACGUCCUUGUCCUUCUCUGAAACGAGACAAGGACUUUGACGCAUGGUCACGACGGCAACAGCAUCAGCAUCAGCAGCAUCGAAGAAAGAGGCUUAUCCCCCCUUCAUCGACGAACGCGAAGCACAGCAUCUCUCCAAUCCCACAUCUCUCCAAAGAAAAGAUUGACCACACACACACACACACACACACACACACACAC